CCCCAAAAUGUCUUUUCCCCAAUCAGAUUUUUUUUAAAUUUAAUGUAAUUUUCUGUAAAAAUGCCAUUAUAAAAGCAAUCAAUCAAUUUUUUGUGCCUUACACAAAGGGACACACAGAUUCUUCUGUGAAAAUACGGACUUUUAGCGUUGUUUCACAUUGAACCAUUCAACAUUUAGAAUGGUUUAAUUUUAAAUUAUUUCUUAGUAUUAUGAUUUGGCGAAGUCAGUAUUCUACAUUACAUUGUCCUAUAUUUCUCUUCCAUAUCUUUAAUUCCUAUCCUCAUCUCUUUGUUUUAUUGCAGGAGACACCAACAAAUGGAACACAAAUUAACUUAAGCCUACACGGGGCUGGUGAGACCUGAAAGAGGGGAAAGUGGAGAAGCUGUGCUCUGUGCUUUCUAUCUGACCUGUUGGGAGUACAUUUUGGAGCAUGUUCGCUACUUAGCAGGGAACUUAUUCGGGCACAAGAGGUUGUAAAUGUAAAGAGUGAAUAUGGGUGAAAAGAAGCCAGAACCCUUGGACUUUGUAAAAGAUUUUCAGGAAUAUCUCACACAGCAGACUCACCAUGUAAAUAUGAUUUCUGGAUCAGUUAGUGGAGACAAGGAAGCAGAGACUCUUCAGGGAGCUGGGACAGAAGGUGAUCAGAAUGGUCUGGAUCAUCCUUCUGUUGAAGUUUCACUGGAUGAAAACUCAGGAAUGUUAGUGGAUGGGUUUGAAAGGACAUUUGAUGGAAAGUUAAAGUGUCGAUACUGCAACUAUGCCAGCAAAGGAACAGCACGGCUCAUAGAGCAUAUCAGAAUUCAUACAGGUGAGAAGCCGCACAGAUGCCACCUGUGUCCCUUUGCAUCAGCUUACGAACGUCAUCUGGAAGCUCACAUGAGAUCGCAUACUGGUGAAAAACCAUACAAAUGUGAAUUGUGUUCCUUUCGCUGCAGUGACAGAAGCAACUUAUCUCACCACCGCAGGCGCAAACAUAAAAUGGUGCCUAUCAAGGGUACAAGGUCUUCCCUAAGCAGCAAGAAAAUGUGGGGGGUUUUGCAGAAGAAGACCAGCAAUUUGGGGUACAGCAGAAGAGCAUUAAUUAAUUUGAGUCCACCUUCCAUGGUGGUUCAGAAACCAGACUACCUUAACGAUUUCACUCAUGAAAUCCCGAAUAUCCAGACUGAAGCGUAUGAGAGCAUGACAAAACCAACGCAGAGCAGUGGGUUGCCGAGAGAUCCACAAGACCUCAUGGUAGAUAACCCUUUAAACCAGCUCUCUACGUUAGCCGGACAGUUAUCUAGCUUGCCACCUGAAAACCAAAAUCCAGCCUCUCCUGACGUUGUUUCCUGUCAAGAUGAAAAGCCUUUCAUGAUACAGCAGCCUGCUGCACCAGCAGUCGUUUCAGCUGUGUCAGCAAAUAUUCCUCAAAGUUCAUCUCCAACCAGCCCAGACCCUCGGCCUACACACAAUCAAAGGAACUAUAGUCCUGUGGCUGGUCCCAGCAGCGAUCGCAGCGCCCACACCAGUACUCCCAGCAUAAGUAACAGUCAACCAAGUACUCCAGCUCCGACCCUUCCAGUUCAGGACCCUCAGCUUCUGCAUCACUGCCAACACUGUGACAUGUACUUUGCGGACAAUAUCCUUUAUACUAUUCACAUGGGAUGUCAUGGAUUUGAAAAUCCUUUUCAGUGCAACAUAUGUGGGUGUAAGUGUAAAAAUAAGUAUGACUUUGCUUGCCAUUUUGCAAGAGGCCAACAUAGUCAACAUUGACUUGAGACCAUGCUUUCGUUUAGUUUUUUAACAUAUUACAGUAUAUUUUUCAUACUUGCUGAAGGAAAGCUUGCACGUUCCCAUAAGGAAUCUUCAUGUUAAUCAGUUCGACAAAAGAGUCAAAUUUAUUUCUAUGUUGUCAUAAAACUUGCCAGGGAAAUUUUGUGUAAGAUGUGGUUGAUAUUUUAUAUGUAGCCUUUCAAAAAAGCUGAGAGAGCGCUAUAAGAAUUGGAAAGCAUUUACAUGUUUUGGUUGCUAAAUUUAAGUUGCUUGCACUUAAUCCCAAGAAACAUUCUACAAAUGUAGAAGCAGAGCAUGUGUCCUGAAACACAGGAUGCAAUUAUCGUACUAUUGCUAGGCAAGACAAAAUACAUUAACCAUAAAAUGCGAAAGGUUAAUGCAAUGACAUAAUGGUUACUUUGGAGGCAUAUUUAUCCUUAAAAACUUAGCCACUACUCCAAACUGGAAAACCAAACAGAAGCAACUUUCACAUACAAAUUCAAUUUGAUGUAAAACUUGCUUUAAUCUGAUGAAGGUUAAGAAGUUUUUGCUUAGUAUAGUCUACUCUUCAUGCUCAGGCUCAAACACUAAGUAUUAUUUUUAAAACUUGUCACAAAAUUAGAAGAUAACAGGUUAUUGUGAACGAAACUGGUAGGAAAAAAGAAACAGUUAACAGCUUGUCACUCACUAGUUACACACAGGAAAAAUUAAACGUGACACCUUAUUUUAAACUACAUUUACCAAAAUUUUACAUGUCAUCCUUUUUAAAAGGAGGUAGUUUAUAAGCAGUUGUAGUAAAGAGCUUGUAGAACUAGUUUAUAUUCCGUGAGAUUUUUAACUGCCUUAAACUAAUUUGUACAGAUAUUUAAAAUUUGCACAAUUAGACUUCUGUCUUACUGAUAGGAGUUCUAAUAGAAACAAACAAAAGGUUUACAAAUUAAAAAUAAUUUGUUCAGUUUUAUCUCGGGCCAAGCUACAACUGAUAGGUUGCCUGUAUGUUUGAAAGUUGUAUAAUCUAGUUUAUUGCAAACUUCAGCUAACUUGGAAGUCAGUUUGUCUUGUCCCCUACCCCAAAUUCGUUGUCCUUUUGGUGUGCUAGAAAUAAGGGGAAGGGCUUCUGGGUUUUCUGAACUGUUCAUGUAGUAGGCAAAGGAAUAUUGGCUGACAUCAUUUGAAGUUGUUACAAUUAAUAUUGUAGGUGGCAAAUGGUAACUAAAGAUGUACACCAAGUCCAUUGCACAUUUUUUUUAUACUGUACAUCUUACUCUAGAAGCACCUAGGCUAAUGGACAGGCACUUUAAUACAAACCUAAAUAAAACAUCCUAGCAAAAUGAAUAGAAGCUCCUGCUACACAGGAAUUUGUAAUGUUUCAAAAAAGUGAAGAACUGUUACUUUUCCCAUAUUUAGGCAUGCACUUUUACCUUAGUUUGUCUUACCUGAGACAAAUUAAAGCUUCCCUUAUAUAUUCCCCUUUUACUGUCAGCAAAAUAUGGCAGCAAAUACCCUUUGGUAAAAGCAGGAAGAUUUUAUUAAUGUUCUGCAAGUCAGAGGUUGGAAUCUGAAUAGCAAAUGUUUGGCUUAUUCAAAUGUAUAUUGUUAUGGGAGCUAAAGCUUCCUGAAGCCAACGGAAAAACUUACGACGACUUCAGUGUAAGAUCAACGCAGGAAAAACCACCCUUCUGACAAUUGUAGCUUUAGAAGUAAUUUUGACUUUAAUGAAUUAGAAAUUUGGGAACCAGAUGUGUUUCUCUCUACCUAACUUAGCUACUGUUGAAUUUUCUGUGCUUAAGUAACCAGUUGAAGGAACUGGACUCUUGCCUGCACAGAGUCUUGUAGUAACAAGGUCAAAAAUACGCCGUUGAAGUAUUUCCAAUGUAGUGAAGGUGAAUGAUAACGCACUAUCACUCCUAAAAAUGUUUUUGGUUUCAGGCCUGGUUCAAAAUCCAUUUCAGUGGAUUUGUAAGACAGAAUGUAAUUUCCAUUUUUCAUAAUGACACUCUUUAUAAUUCCAAAAAUAUCUUUGUUGCUUUAUACUUUUAAAAUUUAUUUUAUAAGCAGAACUGCAACUCUGUAUGGAGUCCUUUGUUUUAAGGACUAAAAGUUCACAGAAUCACAGAAUGGCCAGGGUUGGAAGGGCCCUCAGGAGCUCACCCAGUCCCACCCCCCUGCUCAAGCAGG